GUUUCGCGGGUAGCAGAGUAGUGUAUUACUUGGUUGCGAUCGAAUUAAUUUGUUCGCAUAAUUUACAUAGAAAGUUCACGUGCUCUCAAUCAAUCGAUAUCGGUUAGGCUGGUCCAGAAUCUUCCUAGAAUCUUGAAAAAUCAUUAUCAUAAAAAAGUUCUCAAUUUCAAUUCAGUUGCAGAAAAAAAUACAGUGAAACCAUUAAGAAACGGUUCCACAAUCUUCAUGCAUAAUAUGUGGGACCAGUCUAAUUUGCACGAUGCAUUGCUACUACUACCUACUGUGCGCGCUGUGAUCGUUCAAUGAGAAUAUAGGUCAGGAUCGCUUUGGUAGCGUUGUCAAUGACUACAAGUGAGCGAGCGACAGUUCAGAAGACAGCGUGAUGCUCAUUUUUGCGUGGGCUGAAGAAUGAUAAGAACUUUUAAAUUCCCAUUGCAUACAUUGAGUUACAUACAUUGAGCAGGAAGUGGCAGUUAUCGGCCUUCGUCGAAAGUACGACGAUCGCGCCAGUUGAUGUUUUGCACUUGGUGGUAACGGUUGGCAAAUUGCUUGUCGGGCCGAUUCUGAUUCGCCGAACAACGUGGUCACGCUUCGAGUGUUUUUUGUUUUGCCGCCUGGAUCUCUACCAUCAAAUCGGUAGUAAAAGUGGCCAAGAAUUGAAUCGAGGGGAUUGUGUUUAUUGUUUGGUUGAUUAGCAGAACAAAUAAUGGUGUGGUGUGAUUUCCAGCUCAAGCGUAUGGGAUAUUUCAUAAUAACAGUUGCAGGACUCCUUAUUGCACAAUGUACUACGACACCAAGCAAGCCAGCACCCAACAUCGUGUUCAUCCUCGCCGAUGAUCUCGGCUGGAACGACGUAGGAUUUCACGGUUCAUCACAAAUUCCGACCCCAAAUCUGGACGCUUUGGCCUAUUCGGGGGUGAUUCUGAACCGGUACUACGUGACGCCAAUUUGUACACCGUCCAGGUCGGCUCUGAUGACGGGGAAGUAUCCGAUCCACACCGGAAUGCAGCACGCCGUUCUGUACGGUAUGGAACCUCGCGGACUGCCACUGACGGAGAAACUUUUACCACAGUACUUGAAGGAACUUGGCUACAAGAACCACAUCUACGGCAAGUGGCACCUGGGAUCCUACACCCGCAAGCACACUCCGCUAGAACGUGGUUUCGACUCGCACGUAGGUUUCUGGACCGGCCAUCAUCACAUGUUUGAUCAUACGGCCGUCGAAACCAACGCCUGGGGAUUGGAUAUGCGCCGAGGUUUCGAUGUGGCCUACGAUCUUCACGGUUAUUACACGACCCACGUGAUACGGGAUGAGUCGGUGGCGGCAAUACGAGCUCAUAACACUUCGCAGCCGAUGUUCCUGUACGUUUCACACGCAGCGACUCAUUCGGCUAAUCCUUAUGAUUUCUUGCCAGCACCUGACGAGACUGUGGAGAGACUGGCGGGUAUAUCGAACUAUUCGCGAAGGAAGUUUGCUGCGAUGCUAACUGAGCUAGAUCAAUCGAUAGGAGCAAUAAUCGUUGCUCUGAGUGAACGAGGAAUGUUGGACAAUUCAAUCAUUGUGUUCAGCACCGAUAACGGCGGUCCUGCGGAGGGUUUCAACAACAAUGCUGCGUCCAAUUGGCCACUCAGAGGAACUAAGAAUACUCUGUGGGAAGGAGGUGUCCGUGGUGCAGGGUGUAUAUGGAGUCCUUUGAUUGAGGAGAAACGUCGAGUAUCCCAUCAAAUAAUGCAUAUCAGCGAUUGGCUUCCGACGCUGCUGGAUGCAGCUGGGUAUGAUAUGAACAUGCUCCCCUCAAACUUGGAUGGCAUCAGUGUGUGGCCUCAGCUGAGGAAUGGCGAUGUAACCCGUCGACAUGAGAUCCUCCACAAUAUCGAUGACAUCUGGGGAAGUGCCGCCUUGACCGUCGAUGACUGGAAAGUGGUCAAAGGAACCAAUUACGAGGGAAAAUGGGAUGCUUGGUAUGGGCCAGCGGGCGAUCACGACACCAAGUCCUACAAUCUGUCAUCGAUCUUUGGUUGUCCAACGGGAAAAGCUUUAAGUAAACUGAAAAUGCUGCCGCCGGAAGAGGAAAUCAUAAAGCUUCGACGUGAAGCUACCGUACAGUGUGCAAAUGGGACCAGGAAUAAAUGCAAUCCGCUGGAGUCGCCUUGCCUGUUCGAUCUCUUCAACGAUCCGUGCGAAUUUGAGAAUCUGGCCGAUCAGUACCCGGACAUUCUUGAAGUUUUGCUGAAAAAAUUGAGUGACUAUAAUGCAACUGCAGUGCCUCCUGGGAAUUUGCCGCUGGAUUCACGGGGUGAUCCUCGCUUCUGGGGUUAUACGUGGCAUAAUUUUGGUGAUGAACUGGCCAUGUUUGAAGUUGAGCAUAUGACUGAAAGCGUUGGGGAAUAGCAUUACUACUUGAAAUAUCAUUAAAAUAAUUAC